AUAUUCCAGAGGAGCAAGGCAGUAUGCCCCAAUCAUCGAAGUCUGACGCCAAGAGGAGGCAUGUCACUACGGCGUGCAUUUCCUGUCGGGAAAGCAAGAUCAAGGUAUGCGCUGCCUUCCCCAGCCUCAUUUUCAAGUAUCCUUCCUCCAGCUUUGAUAUCACGACGAUGGCUUCAGGCUAGAACCUGUGGCAUCCUAGUAACAAAUUGUCAAUAGUGUGACGGUGCAGCUCCUUCAUGCUCCAACUGCAGGACUAAGCGCCGAGAGUGCCGUUACCAAGCUGGAGAGGACAAGCGCAAGUUAGAUUCUCUUUGCAGUCUUUUGAUUUCGAGCGAACUGAUCGAGGCUUACAAACGCUAGACUGUCACUGCGCGUCGCAGUCGAAUUGCUGUCGAGUAGAGUCGACCAGCUUUGCCAGUUUAUCAACCAGAAUGGGCUCCAACUCCCGCCUAUGCCUUCAGAAGAGGCCAAAAGUCUGACACGGAUACUAAACACUCUAGGCCUUUCGACGACGCAACUGGCUAUAGAACGCGACAAAACACCACCGAUUGACCCAGCUUUAUCCCUAGAGCCGCAAACAUCAGCAGCCUGUGUCCCAUCUAACAAUACCAUGCUACCUCCAGAUCAACUUCCCCUAGACUUUUCACUACCUUUCGAUCCGUCUUCCUUCAACUUAGGCAAUGACGCAACCGUUAGUCUCGCACCACCGGUCCAAGACGGUUUGUUGAACUUGACAACGAGAGCGAUUGCAGAUUGGGAAUGGAGCCCUUCUGAGAAUGCCGAUAACAUCAUCACAAAUGUUGGUGGCAUCGCCAGCGUCCAGACCCCCAGCCAUCCUCUGCUGAGCACGUACUCCGGAGAGGCUGCUUUGAGCGACAAUGAAGAGGACGAUGCCGGCUCAGGCACAACGGAAGAGGACCUAGUCAACCAGUUAUCGGAUAGACUAGGGUCUCUCCAAAUUGGUCCUAAUGGUCAUAUAUCCUAUUUCGGACCAACAUCUAACUUCAGCUUGAUGGAACUACCUGUGGGAGCCGAUACUUUGGCUGUGGAUCGAACCGUGCGCAAUAAUGGCCAGGAACACCUCGACAACAUGGGCUACGGCAAACAGGUACCGCAAGAUCUCGAAGAUCAUCUGAUCAACCUUUACUUUACAUGGCAGGACCCCUUUCAGCAUGUAGUCGACAGGACUCUCUACGAAGAAGCGAAGCAUAGUUGGCACGAGCGAGAGGAAGAUACACCAUAUUAUUCCGAGGCACUCAGAAAUGCAAUGUGCUCGUUAGGCGCUACCUUCGAAACACGAUAUCACCCGAGCUUUAUAACCUUCCCAAAGUCUCUUCCGGAUUUCUUCGCCGCAAGAGCUAAGACUCUUUUAGAGAUCGAACUAGACUCGCCUUCCGUCUCUACGGUGCAAGCAAUGAUUGUUCUUAGUAGCCAUGAGAUAGGGGCGAAUAGGGACUCCCGCGGUUGGUUGUAUAGUGCAAUGGCGAUUCGGCUCGCGUUUGAUUUGGCAUUACACAAGGAUAUGACACCGUACGUAAAUAAGGGUGUUCUCAAACCCGCUGAAGCAGAGCUUCGUCGCGCUGUGUUCUGGGGCGCAUACACAAUGGAUCAGACGCUCGGGUUUUACAGGGGUCGGCCUUUUCGUAUUAGCAUGGAUGAUAUUACGGUUGGGAAACCAACAGAAGACUUAUCAAGUGGACGGAUCGAGCAAUGGCUUCCUUACGUUUCGCGCCUCAGCAACGGCAACGCCCCGAUACCCAUACAGGACUACACUGAGGUCAUCAGUCUAUACCGCAUAGAGUUGUGCGAAAUCAUGGCACCUCUUGGUCACACGCUAUACGGCAACUCUCGGAUUCCGCGGGACAUAUUACAGGCCAACAACGAGAAGAUUGUUUCAAUACUAUUUGCUUGGAAGGAGAACCUGCCACAUACGAUACAAGUCGAUCUAGAAGACUCUGAGGGAACACUCCUUCCUCAUGUUCUUCUGUUACAUAUGCAAUACUAUCAAAACGUGAUACAUGCCCAUAGGCCAUGGAUGUCGUCAAGCUACAUCCAACCACAACCACCUCAAGGUCCCGGCUACAUGCACGCGCAACAAAUGUGCAUCGAGUCAGCAGCCGCAGUGGCAAAGCUGAUCUUGAUUUACGAACGCCAAUACUCCCUCAAGCGAGUUCAUAUCCAAGGCGUGGCCAUCGUCUUCUCUGCGGCCAUCAUACUCAUCUUCGCAUCUAUAUCCCGCCGCAGACGGAAGAGGACCACAGAGACGGCGACACACUUGAGCGUAUGCUUCCGGGCUCUGGAGGAGCUUUCAGGCACUUGGGAGUGCGCCAAGCGGUCUCGGGAUUUUCUUCUCGUGCUGCAACGGAAGUGGGAGUUGCGCUCUCGCCGGCUGAGUCAAUGUCCUUCACGUAACGCCGUGCUACCGUCCGGCCUCGGCGCCCUACGGCAGACCGAGCAGGCGUCUCGCAAACGAGCGCGUACCGACAGUCCGGCCGGGUCGAAGAGCAUAGGCAGUUUUCAGAGCAUAUCUCCUGUUCAUCAAGGGGAGCAGCGAGAAUACCACGAGGGCAUUGAUAUGGACAUGAGAUUGGAUCUCGAUUGGGUGUUUGCCGCGGGAACACAGCCCAUGCCAGGCAAUUGGGACCAAUUGUUGAAUACGGAUACGCUCUAUUUCAAUCCAAACAGAACAGGGUAG